AUGCGGGUGAGGCUGAUAGCUACGAGGGAGCAGACUGCUGCUCUCUCUUGCUGCACCUCGCAGGUGCGGCGGAGUCAGCCUCUCAUUGCUAUGCUAACACAGCGCCGUGGCUGCAGUACACCCGAGCAGCAUGUGCAUCAUUAUCGGCCACAUGAUCUCCGCGGUGGCAGCCGAAAAAAAAUAUAUGCCGACGCUCCUGGAACUUCCAUUAAAGCAGCAUCAGCAGCAACAGUGAACGCAGCGUCGUCGGUGAAUCUUACGCCCGAAUCGGUUGCGCCACCGUCGCCGCUAACGGCUGACGUUGCCGUGGAGUACAUGGCGGCUCUGCGCGGGCUGCACCGCUCGCUGGGCAUCUCGCAUGCGGCGUCGCGGACCCGCUGGCAGGGGCGUGAGUUUCUUCAGCACGGCAUGCCGUGCAAAUCCGCCGCGAAGCCGCAGGAGAUGUGGGCCAUGACGGAGGCACUGGCCUGUGCCGUUGUGGUGACGUGUGCGCAAUUUGAAGUUGGAAUCUUCGAGUGCCCGUACGGCCGUGAUAGCGUCGAGUUCUUGAGAGCUUACUGGCAGGAACGGCUGUUAUCAUCAUCUUCGUCUUCGUUGUCAUUAUCGCUCUGCAGCUGCGAGGAGGCCUCUCUCCUCGGGCGGCUCACAAUGGCGGUGCUGGAGCAGCUUACCAGCCGCAGUUUCCGCGUCUCGGCGGGAAACCGUAUGCUGCUGUCGCAGCUUCUGUGUGAGGCAUUGCUUCCCGCCGUGGUGCAGCUGCUGCAGAGGGAUGCCCUCUUUAUGCCGACUGAUAGAAGCGGUGAAGGAGGUUCAUGUAUGACGGCGGAUCAGGCCACAGCAUUCUCGGUGUUACUCAAUACACUCACCAAGGCGGCGGCAGCGCAGUGGGUGCGACGUGAGGCGUCAGUGGACGCGCAGGAAUUCCUUUUUUUAGGGAUGCCAGCAUCCCUACUGCCUCCUAACUCAGAUGGCGCCUCGUGUGGGAUGCAUGCGAUUCAAGUGAAAGUUGCACCACUCUCACUGCCCAAACUGUCGCGGGUGCUGCGGCAGUACGCCAGCAGCGUUUCAUCGCUCCCGUUGAGGGAGACGGCAUUGCCAGUGCUUCGCUUCUUCACACUCACCCAGUGCGUCCCACUUUUCGUUGCGCAACAGGAUCACGACAACAGCAGUGGUGGCGACAGUAUUCAGACGGAAGAGGUAGCAUCGCUGGUGAAAUCCCUCACAUCUGUGCUGCAGACGGUUCUUGACCCUGGUUUCACAUCUUUGUCACACCAAGUGGCGAACAUUGCAUCUAUUUACGCACGCAUUCUAACUUUUCGCUCCGCUGCUAAUGGCAGUAGUAGUAGUAUUAGUGGUGGUGGUGGUGGUGACGCUGCUAUUAAGUCCCCGUUGUCGUGGGGAAUCUUCGAGGGAGUUAUGUUGGGGCUACAGGAAAACGUUUUUCAUCGAGUCGAGGCUCUCUCGCCAUCCGUUGUGAUGCUGCAUCUGUGCGAGCGCGUAGCACCACACGCGAAGAGGUAUCUAUUCUCGGAUCUGGCUGCAUUGCUGAGAGCACUUGCGAAGAUCUACCGCGUUGUAUGCAGACACCACGACGAGCAGUUACAACAGCUUCAACCGGUUUCACCUGUCAUGACGGAUGCUAGCGGUAUGGCAUGUCAGGUGUGCUGCGGCCAUGACGUGAGUGUGGCGCACUCUCGAUUCCAGCGUCGCCGUAGUAAUGCUCCCAUGUCGCCGCCACCGAGGCCAACUACGGCCAGUACAAUGGCGCAGGCGGUUCGAAAGGUUGCCCCAGGAUCACACCCACACUCAUUGGCGUCAUUAACUCCCUACGCCGUCAGCAGCGACGAUAUAGCGGAGAUUGAGGGCGAGCUGGAGGUGCUUCUGGAUGCCUGCGUCGCGGUCAUUGAGAGACAUAUGUUGUCAUCGUGCAUAAGACGUCCGGUGUUGGUGGCACAGCAGUCCGGCACAUCUUUGCCCAUUGCUGACAAGGACAACAACUACAACAUUGCAGGAGCAAAGACUGAGGGACUCGAAACUGUUGGCGUGUCACGUGCCAAGGCACUUGGAGGAAAAAGUCGACUACUGAGGAGGUCCCUCUCUAGCAGGGAGCUUGUGAUGAUUGCCGAGGGUAUUCAUGUUCUGAGCUGGCGGCCAUUUGUAGCGUUUCAGGAACGACUGCUUCUUGCACUAUCAUCGGAGAUUGGACAGGAUGAGUUGGAACCAGUACAGUACGCACACCUUGUUUGCCUGCUCCUGCGUGCACCCCCUGCACUUCCCUCUGACAUCUUCCACGCUGUUGGUGAUCGUCUGAAGCGACUCAUCCAUGCCGAAGCUGUUACAGCACCAACAGGUCCGGAAGACACCAACGAAGUGAUUGCCGUGGCUCACGUGCGCCCGCUGCAAGACCAGGCACUGUCUCUAAAUGAUUCAUGCGCUGUUGUCUUUGCCUUUGCGCAGAAGAUGGGUGAAAGCGCACUCCCACUCCUGCAUGACCUCCUUGUACGCUGCGGCCAGCGCGUCCUCUGCGACUGUGGCACACCUGAGGCGUGCAGAGACAGCAACACUGUCGUUGCUCUGACGAUGUUUGUGGUGAGUGCGACGUGGGCAAUUGCCCAUGCGGCGGACGGUCGUGCAGUUUCCUUCAUUGCAGCUUCUCGCGACCAUGCGGCUUGUGUCUUGGCGGCGUGUGCCAGCGGGUCUGAUGCUGCUUCUCUCUCUUCGCUGAUGCCCACGAUUCGGGAGCAGGCUUUCGCCUGCAUGAUGCUGGAAGGGUCAGGCGGGCUGUACGACGGUGGACCUGCUGUGGCGGCGUUGCGCGAGCGUCUGCAGGAGGCCUACAUCUCAUGUGCUGGUCGGUGCGACAGUGUGGAGGUGGCUCGGUUUGCUGCGGGGUUAUUCGCAAGUGGCCCACUUGAUGUGUCGUGCGACAGCGCAGAGACGCAGGCGAGCGGCACCACGCUGCUGCAGUUUCCGCCAUGGAUGAUUGCCCCUCUGAGGCUGCAGGAGCGGUGCGUGCGUGGUGGUCGGCUACUUGCCGUGUCGUUCCUGCCGCUUCUCCGCAGUGGUGGUAGUGGUGGUGUUGGCAACGAUACUAUCACUUCUGCUGUAACCUGUCUGUUGGCGGUAGUGCGACUCCACUGCCGUACCUUCGCCACGCUUGUUACGACGCUUCGUCUUCUGCGGGCGACGGACGCCGCGCUGCUUGUCAAUACUGCUGUGCUUGAGGUGGUGCUUCGGAAGGUGACGCAGCUGACGCGGCGAACAGCACGCCCGCUGGAUUUAUUUCUAUUCUUUACCAUGUACGGUGACUGCCCGCCGGUGGUGUCGGCGUGCCUGGGCGAGCUCAGCGCAGAGGCGCAGUGCUUUGAUUCCAAGAACGCCUUUGUGCCUAUUGUCCAAAUCAACGCGGCAGUGCGGGCGGUGCGUCGGUUGCCGUCGAGUGCGUUGCGGCAGCGGUGGUUCGCAGCAGUGACGCCUCUGAUCCUGCACGCCGUUGCCGUGUCGUGGGAGACGCUCGACGUUGUGCUGGACUUGGUGGAGCUGGUGGGCGCCGACGACCCUGAGCUUCUGCAGGGUAUUCUCAGGUCGUCAGCGUCGGUGCAGGCGAUUCACGAGACGUUCAGCUUUACGGCGCCGGGCGACACACUGCUGCGGCUGCUGUUGUUGCUGCAGGGUGGCAACUCCUCUCACCGGACAGUACGUCGACUACACCUGGCCGCGGUGAAAUUGCUGCAGAGUGGCAAGGUCUUCCUGCCGCUGGACCGACUGGCGCAGGCGAUGCUGCUGCCGUCCAUCGAGGGAACGACACUCGACCGACGACUGAAGCGAUAUUUCGUGUUCCGCAUAGAGAAACUGCUGCGGCCUCCACGCCUGUCUUCUCCACGCGCUGCAGAUGAUCAUGAUCAAAAAACAUCUGCAAUGUUGACAUCCAAGGAGCGAGAACAGCAGGGAUGGGAUGAGUCAUUGAAUUGCCUGGAACUGGAGCACUGGCUGGCGCUUCUGCGCUACUCUCCCAUAGGCACACCCUCCUCUUACAGACUGCUUAUGACGAUGAAGCAGGACAGGGCUGACGCUGCGCGGCGGAAAGGAGGUCGAACGCUGACCACAGCUGUGGAGACGGCAACACCAAGAAUAACCACAGCCACCGCUGCAGCAGCACCACCAACGACUCAACACGAACAUUCAGCCUUCUCUUUUCUGGAGGAGCAUGAUGAAAGUGCCAACAGCAGUGGUACAGGGGAGUCAUGUGGUAGACGUAGUCGGCGUCUUUCGGUUGUGUACACCUUCUCGGAGCGCACCAUCUUGUGCCUGCGUCAAUCAUUGGGUGCGUCACGCUUCAUUGUGUUUGUGAGUGAACUCUUGCGCCACAGCUCGAGUAUGGCGUCUGACGCACUUUUUCCACAGCCAACAGGUGCCUGCGAGGGCCCAUGGAUGUACGACGGCAGCCCUUCUCCGCUCGCUGACGAGCGUGUGAAGCCAUUCGUGCGCUUGGCAAGCUGUCUAGUGGAAGAUAUGUCGGCUGAUCUGGGAGGCUUUCUCCAGCGUGAACAUGCGCAACAACAGCUCCACUCACAACGAUCUGUAGGGAAACCUCUCGAUAAGGAAGUCACUUUAGACAUUGGAGCCGUUCUCGACUACGUGCAGCUGCUUAACCUGUACGACACACCACGGACUGAAGAGCGGCUGCUGCUGCUCUCAAGCGGUGCGGGGGGAGACAUAUUCGAUGAUGCUGUGUCUCUGCCGCAGAGGCACCUCUGCCGACUGCUGUUGCAAGUGCCCCAGCACUGGGGAUCAACAUCGUCUGUUGCUCCUGCCUCUCGUGGUGGUGGUGAUGGUGGAGGUGAUGUGGUGCGUGUGCGUCUCUGCAACAUCUCUUCGGUCUUUGACUACUGCUGCACACCGGCGGUUUGCUGUUUGCCAUUCGGUACUUCAGACAUGCCAGAGGGGCUGCGCCGUUCACUUUCGGACAUGUUUGGCACCAAUCGCCCGCUUCUAAGUGAUGUGUUACUGCCACUGUCAGCUGCGCAGUCUCUGCAGAAAACUCUCGACAGCGCCAUCAAGAGACGGCUUCUAGACGCACUGAUGCAAUGCGUAGUGCGUGAUGGGGAGUCGCCCGCCACCACGAGGGCGCGGCUCGCAACACUUGGUCCGCGUGAUUUGGCCUGCGUCGUACAGGCAUGCGUGAUGCGGGAAGCGGCUUCUGGUGGUGAUGCUGAUGCUGUGCGGCACAGCAGGAAAAUGGCAGCGGCAAAUGCAGUGGAGCUGCUGACGGAUAUGCUGCCGAGCACGAAGGCGGAGGACCUCCACGACGUUGUGCUCGCACUUCUCCCGUUGACAGCUUCCGAAGCACAACAGCAGCACCAGCAACGACAUCUAUCGAAUGCGCAACUUCAGGGAGAUACGAUGGCUGAGGUACGUCGCUUCCUCGCGCACGUCGCGGUUGUAAUGGGGAAUGACACAGAGCGCUUCCCGCUACCGCUGAUGCUCGCCAUUCUGAGGCGCCUCCACCUGCCGCAUGGCCUUGUCUCACCAGCUGCUGCGCAGAUGAUGCUGGCGAGCCUUCACGCGACACAUGACUCGGCAGACCAGCAGCAACAGACGGAUGACGACGGCAAGGGACAUCUACCAGAGAGUGGAGUCCAGGCAGUGAGUAAAAAGGGACACUACACGGCAACGGUAGCGCUGCUGCGGAGUAUCGUCGCGUCGUCGUCGUCGUCGUCGUCCCAAAUUUUGGACACCGCAUGA